CGCAGCUCGCAGGCCCGCCCCGGCCCGCCCCUCCGCGCUCCUCAGGCGGCGGCAGCGCGGAGCCGGUGUCCCCUAGCCGGGCGUGGGAGUGCAGCGCGGCGGCAUCGCCGAGCCCGGAGCGGAGCGCUCGGCUCCGGCCCCGCGCUCCCCGCCUCCCGCCUUCCCGGGCCGGCGGCGGGCGAGCUCGCGGGCCCGGCCCCAGCUCUCCAGUGCCCCGCCGGUUGCCGGCGGUCCCCGCCCCCCGCCGAGUGCAUGAGGUUGACGCUACUUUGUUGCACCUGGAGGGAAGAACGUAUGGGAGAGGAAGGAAGCGAGUUGCCUGUGUGUGCGAGCUGUGGCCAGAAGAUCUAUGACGGCCAGUACCUCCAGGCCCUGAACGCUGACUGGCAUGCAGACUGCUUCAGGUGCUGUGAGUGUAGCGCCUCCCUUUCACACCAGUACUAUGAGAAAGAUGGACAGCUCUUCUGCAAGAAGGACUACUGGGCCCGCUAUGGCGAGUCUUGCCAUGGGUGCUCUGAACACAUCACCAAAGGACUGGUCAUGGUGGCCGGGGAGCUGAAAUACCACCCUGAGUGCUUCAUCUGCCUCACCUGUGGAACCUUCAUCGGCGAUGGGGACACCUACACACUGGUGGAGCACUCGAAGCUGUACUGUGGGCGCUGCUACUACCAGACUGUGAUAACUCCAGUCAUUGAACAGAUCCUGCCAGACUCACCCGGCUCCCACCUGCCCCACACAGUCACCCUAGUGUCCAUCCCAGCCUCUGCUCAUGGCAAGCGAGGCCUGUCCGUCUCCAUCGACCCCCCUCAUGGCCCACCAGGCUGUGGCACGGAGCAUUCGCACACUGUUCGAGUCCAAGGAGUGGACCCCGGCUGCAUGAGCCCAGAUGUGAAGAAUUCCAUCCACGUUGGAGACCGGAUCUUGGAAAUCAAUGGCACGCCCAUCCGGAAUGUGCCACUGGACGAGAUCGACUUGCUGAUCCAGGAGACCAGCCGUCUGCUCCAGCUGACCCUUGAGCAUGACCCCCAUGAUUCUCUGGGCCACGGGCCAGGGUCGGAGCCCAGCCCCCUGGGCUCCCCAGUGCACGCUCCCAGUGGACAGGCAGGCAGCUCUGCCCGGCAGAAACCUGUCUUGAGGAGCUGCAGUAUUGACACGUCCCCGAGUGCCAGCUCACCAGCCUCCCAGCGCAAGGACCUGGGUCGCUCCGAAUCCCUCCGAGUGGUCUGCCGACCACAUCGCAUCUUCCGGCCAUCUGACCUCAUCCAUGGGGAGGUGUUGGGCAAGGGCUGUUUCGGCCAGGCCAUCAAGGUCACACACCGAGAAACAGGCGAGGUGAUGGUGAUGAAGGAACUUAUCCGGUUUGAUGAGGAGACCCAGAGGACAUUCCUCAAGGAGGUGAAGGUCAUGCGGUGCUUGGAGCACCCUAAUGUGCUCAAGUUCAUUGGUGUGCUGUACAAGGACAAGCGGCUGAACUUCAUCACAGAGUACAUCAAGGGCGGCACCCUGCGGGGCAUCAUCAAAAGCAUGGACAGCCAGUACCCAUGGAGUCAGAGGGUCAGCUUUGCCAAGGACAUUGCGUCAGGGAUGGCCUACCUCCACUCUAUGAACAUCAUUCACCGAGACCUCAACUCCCACAACUGUCUGGUCCGUGAGAACAAGAAUGUGGUGGUGGCCGACUUUGGGCUGGCUCGACUCAUGGUGGAUGAGAAGACUCAGUCUGAAGACUUGCGCAGCCUCAAGAAGCCAGACCGCAAGAAGCGUUACACAGUGGUGGGCAAUCCCUACUGGAUGGCACCAGAGAUGAUCAAUGGCCAUAGGUAUGACGAGAAGGUGGACGUGUUUUCCUUUGGCAUUGUCCUAUGUGAGAUUAUUGGGCGUGUGAAUGCAGACCCCGAUUAUCUGCCCCGGACUAUGGACUUUGGCCUCAAUGUGCGGGGUUUCUUGGACCGCUACUGUCCACCAAAUUGUCCCCCAAGUUUCUUCCCCAUCACUGUGCGCUGCUGUGACCUGGAUCCUGAGAAAAGGCCCUCUUUUGUUAAGCUGGAACAAUGGCUGGAAACGCUUCGCAUGCACUUGGCUGGUCACCUGCCACUGGGCCCACAGCUGGAACAACUGGAGCGGGGCUUCUGGGAGACCUACCGGAGGGGCGAGAGCUCACUGCCUGCCCACCCUGAGGUUCCUGACUGAGCCCAGUUGGCCCUGCCAUUCUCAUCCCCACCUCUGGAGAAUACACCCUCACCAGAUUCCUCAGCAGGAGGUGGCCCAGACAUGGAGCUCUCAGCCAGGGUAGUGGUGCCCAGACCCAUACCCCUGACCAGGCCCUGAUUUGCCUUCUCCCCUCUUGCAGGGUGCCCCCUAGCCUCUCUCUGCCUCUGGCCCCCAAGUCAUCAGGCUGCACCCACAUGGUCACAUUGCCCUGCCUUACCUCCCUUUCUGUGGGGGCCACGCCCUCACUUGUCUUUGCAUGAGCUGGCCAGGGACGCUAGACCCAUUCCAUGCAUUGCCUGCAGCCAUCCGCACACUGCACCUGCUGGCAGCUCUUCCCCAGCUUGGCUGGGCUAGAAGACAAGCUUUAGAAGUGAGCCCCUGUGAUGGCUGGGCACAGAGAGUCUUUCUUUGCCAAGAGAGAGGCUAUGUUCCUAGGGACCCAACAGAGAGUCCAGAAUCCCCCUGGGGGAGUCUAGAUAGAAGCAGGUAUCGACAAUAAUCUAAACCCCAAAGCAAGGAGAGGUCCAAUCCCACGUGCCCACUGGCCAGGCAGUGGCCCUUGCUCUUACUUGGGGUUCAUCUCAUUUCUUGAUUAAAGCCACUUUAGUGAAAAGCAGGUACCAGUCCUCAGGAUGAGCAGGGAUCCCUCGAGGGAGAAGGGCAGCUAAUGCCUGGGAUCUGGCUGACAGGGAGGGCCCAGCCCACACAGCAGAGGAGGGGCAGAGGGGAUGAGGCAGCCAUCCACCAGCACCCCAGCCCCCAGGAUCAUCUCGGCACCCUUCUCGGACCUCUUCCCUCUGGCUGGAGCAGCCCCGUGUCCUCCUUGGGUGCCUCUGCCCUCUGAGUUCUUUCUGUGUGAUCUAUUUUUUAAGAAGAGUUAGUAUUAUUUUUUCAUAACGGCUGUAGGAGCCGCUGCCGGGGGCUUGGGGGGAAUUGUUCUGUUUUUUGUUCUGUUUUGUUUAGGUGGGUGGGGGAGGGAGGGCCAUUUCCUCACUUUGCUUCAGUUGAACAUCUAGGACGUAUUAAAACUGUGAAGCUUUCUCAGUGCACUUUGAACAUGGAAGAGAGUCUGAGCAGACCCUGGUGGAACCAAGACAGAAGGAGGCAAGAUAUACUUGCCUCUGCCCAGUGACCAUGACAGGAAUGAACCCUAACUCAGAACAAUAAAAUCAAUUCUGUGC